AUGGCAUCGCUUCCUUAUCGACGCGCCUCCCUCCAGAGCUCCCGCAAAGCAUCCAGUGACCCCCGCGAGGACCUGGCAGUCCACAUGGACCACUAUAUUGGCAUUGACGUUGGCACCGGCAGUGCUCGUGCUUGUAUCAUCGAUGCCAAAGGCGAUAUUGUGGGAUUGGCCUCUGAGAACAUUGGUCUCUGGCAACCGGAGCAUGGUUACUAUGAACAAUCCACUUCUGAUAUAUGGCAUUGCAUCUGUGUGGCAGUCCAGCGUGCAAUCAGUCAACACAACAUUCACCCCGACACAGUCCGGGGUAUCGGAUUCGAUGCGACGUGUUCUUUGUCGGUCUUUUCCAACGAGACCGACGAGCCCAUCUCCGUCACAGGUCCGAACUUUGACUCUGACCGUAAUGUGAUCUUAUGGCUGGAUCACCGCCCUGUCGAGGAAGCUGAGAAGAUCAACGCUACUAACCACAAUCUGCUGCGCUACGUGGGCGGGAAGAUGUCCGUGGAAAUGGAGGUUCCGAAAGUCCUAUGGCUGAAGAACAACAUGCCCAAGGAACUGUUUGACAAAUGUAAAUUCUAUGACCUGAGUGAUGCUCUGACCCACAUUGCUACUGGCAAUGAGAAGCGAAGCUUCUGUAGCGUGGUCUGCAAGCAAGGAUUCGUGCCCGUCGGUGUUGACGGGAGCGUGAAAGGAUGGCAAGAAGACUUCUUGCAGGAUAUCGGCCUCGGUGACUUGUCGGAGGAUAACUUCAAGCGCAUGGGCGGAGUCGACGGGGUGAACGGUGAUUAUCUGAGUGCUGGAGAACUGGUAGGCACUCUUUGCGACAAAGCUGCCACCGAGCUCGGUUUACCAGCCGGUAUUGCCAUCGGAAGUGGUGUCAUCGAUGCCUAUGCUGGCUGGAUCGGCACCGUUGGAUCCAAGGUCGACCUUGACCCUGGUCAAGCAAGCACCGGUGUCCCUAAACUGGACAGAACCGAGGCUUUCUCUCGUCUUGCGGCAGUCGCGGGAACCUCGACCUGUCACCUCGCCAUGUCCCCAGACCCCGUCUUCGUCGACGGUGUUUGGGGGCCAUACCGGGAUACAAUCCUGCCCGGCUACUGGAUGGCGGAAGGAGGGCAGUCUGCCACUGGAGAGCUGCUCAAGCAUGUCAUUGAGACUCACCCGGCGUUUAAUCAAGCCCAUUCAAUUGCCGAGUCAUACCAUGCAAAUAUCUACGAUUAUCUGAAUGAGCAUCUCAAAGAGAUGGCUCAUGACCAAGGUGCACCAUCUGUGUCUUACUUGGGACGACACUUCUUCUUCUACGGUGAUCUAUGGGGGAACCGAUCUCCCAUCGCAGACCCAAACAUGACUGGAUCGAUUUUCGGCCUCACCAGUGACAAGAGCGUAGAUGGGCUUGCCAUCUACUACUACGCGACGUUGGAGUUCAUUGCCCUGCAAACCAAACAGAUUGUGGAAACGAUGAACAAAUCGGGACAUCGCAUUACCUCGGUCUUCAUGUCUGGUUCACAAUGCCAGAAUGACAUCUUGGUCAAUCUCGUUGCAUCGGCGUGUGACAUGCCGGUGUUGAUUCCAAGGUACAUCCAUGCUGCAGUGUGUCACGGUGCAGCUAUGCUAGGCGCAAAGGCCGCCAGCGCCGAUGCUCAGGGCAACACCGAGGAUUUAUGGGAUAUCAUGGACCGGAUGAGCAAGCCCGGCAAGAAAGUGAUGCCCACCAAAGACAGCAAUGAGAAGGCCUUGCUCAAGGUCAAGUACGAAGUGUUCCUGGAACAGUGCUUCAAACAGCAGAAGUAUCGAAGCAUGGUGGAUGAAGCUGUGGGGACCUGGAAGUCUACUUGA